AUGAAUGGAACGUCUAAACGUGUUGCCGUUAUUGGUGCUGGGAUUAGUGGGGUUGUUACGGCUGGUCACCUUUUGGCUCUUGGGAUUGAUGUGACUGUUUUUGAGAGAAGUCAUGCGGCCGGUGGUGUCUGGCUAUAUGACAAGCGCACUCCAAUUGAAGCUCAAUACCCAUCCCCCACACCGACAAUUUCGCAGGAGUAUGGAACGGAUGAGCGAGAAGGAAAGGAGAGGAAAAUAUUGCUUCAUGCACCUCCAGGGCCUUGCUACGAAAGUCUCACCAAUAAUGUCUCCACCCCGCUGCUAGAGACUAAGCUUAAUACCUGGCCAGCAGGAACGGCACCCUUUGUGCGACACUUUGUCCUGAAAGAUUAUAUCCAAGAUACAGCUAAAAAGGCUGGUGUUGAUGGCGUGACUAAGUAUGGUGCUCAAGUCACCAAGGUCUAUAAAGAAGGAUCAACGUGGACGGUUAAAUGGAGUACUUUGAGAGAAAAUGAUAAAGAUCUUCUCGAGAAUGAGGAGGCUGCGACAUUUGACUCUGUCAUUGUUGCUUCUGGGCAUUACCACACGCCUUUGAUUCCUGAUAUCAAGGGACUCCCCGAGGCGAAAGCCCGAUGGCCUACAAAGAUCUACCAUUCCAAGUCUUUCCGAAGGUCAGAAGGAUUCGAAGAAAAGAACGUACUCCUACUAGGUGGAGGAGUUUCCUCCCUAGAUCUCGCCAAAGAAAUAAGCAAAACAGCAAACAAAGCCUACCAAAGCACCCGCAACGGCGCCUUCGAUCUCCCAGAAACCGCCCUCCCAGAGAAGACCCAAAGAAUCGGCGAAGUAGCCUCAUUCGAAACCUCCCCAUCAAUUGCUACUUCACCCUCUCCAACCACUCACCUCCCCAUAACGGUAUCCCUUAAAUCAGGAGAAGUCCUCUCAGAGAUCGACACAGUAAUCCUCUGCACAGGGUACCAAAUGUCCCUCCCCUUCCUGUCCCAAUACAACAACCACGCCAUAUCCGCGCUAGAAGCAAACGAAACUGUCCUGGUAACAGACGGCGCCCAAAUCCACAACCUACACGAAGACAUCUUCUACAUCCCAGACCCGACACUCGCAUUUGUGGGUAUACCCUUCUACACGGCGACAUUCUCUCUAUUCGAGUUCCAGGCUAUUGCUGUGACGGCGUUCCUAUCUGGAACGGCUGAGCUUCCUUCUACUGCGGUAUUGCGUGCCGAAUAUGAAGCUCGUGUCAGAGCUAAGGGGUAUGGACGGAGUUUUCAUUCGCUUAAGGAUCUUGAGGAGCCUUAUGUUGUUAAACUUAUGGGGUGGGUGAAUGCUGGCAGGGUUGAACGGGGGUUGUCUGCUAUUGAGGGGCAUACUGAGAGUUGGAUUGAGGAGAAGGCUGCUAUGAGAGAGAGAUUAAGGUUAUUACAUGCUGGGCGGCUUCCGAGAGACGACGUUCCCAAGGGGCCUUUAGUGGAAGUUGCUGCUUGA